CUUGGACGAGGCAACCAGGACUCCGCCGUAACACAUCUUCUCCUCUCAAAGACGCGCCAUUCCGUCUUCAGCGCUGGCCUUGAUCAUCGGAAAGUGUUCGACCGCCGGCUUGAUAUGAUUACGGGCGGCAAAGUCGAGCAUGGAUUCGUGGACACUGUGGCUGGCCACGGCCGCCCCUUGGAUCGUGAUUCCCCCAGUCAAUACGGGCGGUUGAACACUCAACUGAGGCGUCGAUAACUCCCAGACUAUGCUCUGCGAGAUCCAUACAUCACGUUGGUGGUGUUCGAAGCGGCCAGACGGCGGCUGGUCACCUUUGUUCGGUCUCUCUGGUGUUCGACGGUUUACAUGGUUUUAAAUGCUGGAGAAACAAUAUGGUCAUGGAACACUCGCAUACGAUGUCCACCCUCUUUACUCGGACGGAGCAACCAGGACUCCGCGGUAACACAUCUUCCCCUCUCGAAGACGUGCCAUUCCCUCCGCGACACCGGCCUUGGUCAUCGGAAAGCAUUCGACCGUCGGCUUGAUAUGAUUACGGGCGGCAAAGUCGAGCAUGGAUUCGUGGACACUGUGGCUGGCCACGGCCGCCCCUUGGAUUGUAAUCCCCCAAGUCAAUACAGGUGUAGAAGGGAUGACGAGAUUGCCGUCGGUCACAGUCAAGGGGAAGAUUCCACCCCUGGGUCGCAUGAUGCGGAUGUAGCUAGCUCACGCUUGUCGUGAUCAGCAGAUGACCAAAGGGCUUGACGCCCUCGAACUGCGAGAGACCUCUGGUCGCAUGGAAUCCCGACACGCCCAGUCGCAUUGUCUCCCCUGCUCCAUCAACGAAACCAGCGCACCGAUGGACUCCCAAGCAACUCCCCAUUGCUGUUGCUCUCCGGCUGCACGGCACUUCUGGCAUGAGCAACUCUUGGCGGUGUCUUGCCUCGCGCAUACACAGCGAAUUAUUCAUGCAGAUUGGGCGAGACUUAUGUCCGGUCAUGGCGUGCAGCAGUUGUCGCUGGUGAAGAGACACGACCGCCAAUAGGGACCACGCGUGUAUUUGCAGACUUUUUUGAG